CUAUUGCAGACGAAUUGACGUGGAAAUUUUGAGAGUCACGUCAAAUUGUAGAUUCCCACCUUCUUCAAAAUAAAAAAUCAGUUUGAUAAACCAUGGAAACUGAACGGAAAGAAUUAAGUGCUUUGAACGACCAGCUAAAAAUUGAAUACCAGAAAGGUUUCACGGAUGUCAAGAAGUGUUCUGAGAUACUUGAAAAACUAAAGGUUGGCCUUACACAUAUCGCCUAUUUACCGUCAGUAGGUGCUCCUCUGGUGAAAGCUGAUCUCGAACUUGGUCGUGGUGUCUUGGAAUUGGGUGCCUUGUUCAGCAUCUCUGCCAAAGAUAUUCCAGCAUUUGAAAGAUAUGUGGCACAGCUGAAAUCAUACUAUUUGGACUACAGCAAUUUCCUCCAGGAAUCUUCUUUGAAGUAUGAGCUUCUUGGUUUGAAUUUGCUUUGGCUACUUACCCAGAACCGUGUGGCAGAAUUUCAUACAGAACUUGAACUUCUUUCACCCAAUGAUAUUCAAAAAAAUGUCUUUAUCCGGUAUCCUGUUUCUUUAGAGCAAUAUUUGAUGGAAGGAUGCUACAAUAAGAUAUUCAAAGCAAAAAAAGAUGUCCCUGCUCCAAGCUACAGUUACUUUCUCGACAUUUUGGUGGACACUAUCCGAGAUGAAAUAGCUGCAUGCAUGGAGAAAUCGUUUGAUAAGAUCCAUUUCAACGAAGCUGCAAAAAUGUUGAGCAUCACUAAUAUCAACACUAUGAAAGAAUAUGGGAACACGAGAGAAUGGUCCAUGAAUUCUGGCGAAUAUUAUCUAUUCCAAAUUGACGUCAAAAAGAGUGAUGAGUCGUUGACUGCGCUUGAUUUAGCUAAGCAGACAAUAGAGUACGCUCGUGAACUAGAAAUGAUCGUGUAAGAUUGUAUUCUCGUUAAAUAACUUGAAUGUACUUGAAAAUUUCAUAAAAUAAAAAGGCUGCGUUUCUCAUUCAAA